AUGAAAGCAUUAUCUGUUUUGGAGUUAGCAGCUCUAUAUGGCAUGAAUCGACAAAGCAUUUAUAAGCGUAUAAAUAAAGGAGAUUUAUCAAAAAAUAGAGAUGGUAAAAUUGACCUUUCCGAAGCAAUUCGUGUCUUUGGAGAACCUGCACAGAAAAAACAGGAUGUAGCCACGUUACAGUCUACUGGGCUACAAAAAGAGACAGAAGUAGACAUCCUAAAACAACAAGUAGAUUUUUUAAAACAACAAUUAAAUUUGGCACAUGAACGUGAAGUUUUCCAAAGACAGCAACUUGAAGCCAAAGAUCAACAGAUUGAGUCUAUGCAGCUUCUAUUAAAUGCUCCUAAACAGGAUAUGACUACGUUUACCGAUCAAAAUCCAGUGCAGCCAGCCGAUCCUGAACCUGAACCAGUGACAAGCACAGUAGAAGUUGUGACAUCAGAAGAACCAAAGCGCUACCCUGUACCAGAACAAGUUGAAGUACAACCUGAACAAAAGGGUUUUUGGAGUCGGUUUUUCAAGCCGUAUGGAUAG